UUUAAAUCGCUUCGUCGAAAUGUUGUUUUUCCUAACUUAUAGAUUCUCUUGGUGUUUGUUUUGUUUUCAAUUUGCUCCGUGUUUUUGUAAUCUACAUCAGGGCUUUUCUCAACUUCAACGUGGACAUCGACUGGACAGAAGCGUGAUCAGUUCCUUCCCAGAAUUCAGUUUUCUGGACUGUGUAACUGAGUGUUUAGUUUCACCACGUUGUGCAUCAGUCAAUUAUUUCAAAGGAGCAAAUUUCUGUGAACUUAACUACAAAAAGAAACAGACGGCGUAUACUAAGUUCACAGAGAGCCCUGGGUGGGUUUACAGCGAUAAGGACCAUUGGCCGGAGGAACUAGCCGGAACAUGUUCCAAGUCAAACUGCAGCCUCAACGAGAAAUGUGUCCAUACAAAAUACACAAAGGAAACACUUUUUAAAUGUGUUAUUUCAGAUUGUGGAUUACCUAAUCGAACAGGGAUAGAUCUGAGUACAACAAAACGAGAGGACGCCAUUGGUAUACACAGAAGGAUACAUGCCUCUUGUGCUGAUGGAUACUCCCAGUUUGGUUCAGGACGAUUGAACUGUCAAUCAAACGGGGAGUGGAAAUACGACAUCGUAUGUAAAGAGAUUUGGGUUCAUUACGGUUAUCAUGUUUAUCGCCCAUUCAAAGAAAAGAAGACUUGGAACAGGGCAAAGGUCCAUUGUGAAUCAAUUGGUGCCUAUUUAGUAGAGAUUGAAUCGGCUGAGGAAAAUGAAUGGAUCCUUUUCAACAUUGUUAAUCAACAUCUUCAUUCGGAAAAGGUGUGGACUGGGGGCAGCGACCAGAUCAAUGAGAAAGAUUUUAUCUGGAGUAAUAGUAGAAAUUCUGUCAAUCAUACCCAAUGGUCACCGAGAGAGCCAAAUGACAUUGGACAUUACGAGAACUGUAUAGAGAUGUAUGCUUCAAAUGGGAUGUGGAAUGACAUUCCAUGUACUUCCAUGAACCCUUUCAUAUGUGAAAAACAAAUCAACUGAUAGACAGAGAACAUAAAUGAUAAUUACACAAACAGUACCGAUCGGACCCACCCCAAAAUUAGAGUAAAACCCAACUAAAACCCGGGUUUACUCUGACUGUUCUUUUUGAAAAUUUGGGUCUACUUGGGGUUUAAUUUAUGUUUACAUGGAGUUUACCUGGGGCUUACAAAGAAAUUGCUUUUUGGGUCAUCUGAACACACUUAAGUUUGAAACAAACCUGUGUUUUAUCUGACUAUCUUACUGCUUAUAAUUCCUGUUCCUUGUAUAUUCCGAAUACACAUGUAGUUUCUGCUAUCAGGGUAUACUUCCGAUCGGGGUUUACUCCCUGUGUCCCCUCUCAAUUUCCUUUGGGUUCACUCUAGUAAAUUAAACCCGGAUCAAACUUAUAGUAAACCCAGAGAGUGAACCCAGUGUGUAGUUGGAUUUUACUUUCUGUAAGAAUGGGUGUAAUCGGUACUAUAGUUUUUUUGUUCUUAAGAAGGCUUGAAAGAAAUAUUGAGUUCAGUUGAACACUAGUUAAGAAAGAGAAUCAAACAAUGCAGUGGUAUUUUUUUUACGUUAUACAGCUGGCAAUUGUGUAUAACAUAAAAUUGAAAGUUUUAGUGACUGUUAACCAUAUUAUUUCUUUCUUUUUUUCGUGGUAUGUUACAUUAUUACUUAAAUGGAAUUUUUAAUUAAAAUUUAUUAAGUAUAAUCAAACGAUUAUCUUUCCGACUUGUCUAAUUUUUAUAUAGUGGUUUUUUGUAUCAAGGGCUAUUUAUGUAAGAUUGUUCAUUGCAAAGCGUGAAUCACAUUGAUGGUGAUCGGUAAAGAUUUUAAUAUUUUCCGUUCUAGGCAUAGUAGAAAUAAGUACAAAUUAUUUUGCUACAUUAGGAAGUUUUAUUUGCGAUUAUAGCUUCAAUAAAUGUCUAUACAUUCAUUUAUCGUAUAUUGAGAAAAUUACUUAUCAAGUAUGGGUAAUACAGUAUUGGUGUUUAGCUGCAAUCGAUUAUUCGUGGUUGUUUAAUUGUACGGGAUAUUUCAAUUUAAUCGAAUUACUCAAACAAACGCUCUUUACGCUGAAACAAACUCUCUCAUUAACUUAACAUCGAAUAGAGAGAAUAUAUAAAAAAAAAUAUUUUCUGUU